AUGCUGCCGCUCAAAUCGGUCGGCAGAGGGACAGGCUAUGCCCGUCUAGAGCCGCCGCUGAGCAAUGGCAAGGGACCGCCAAGUCGGGGGGUGACACCGCCAAUACCAGAAGCCUACAGUUUCUCGACCUCUCUCAAGCGACAGAGCAUAGACGGAGGCCUCAGUCACCACACCGGACCCGCCAACAAAGGACAUAGCUCGAACCUGUCGGACCCCUACGGUACACACAGUCACGGCGGCCCAUUCGCGCACACUGCAAGACAGAUCACUCCAUCUGCCCGUUACGCUCGCAUGACAGUGGAGGACACGAUCUCACAGCUGAACAGCUCCAUCGAAGCUGGCCUCUCCAGUCAUGUCGUGCCUCAGCUGAGGGAGCUCCAUGGCCCCAAUGAGUUCGCCGUCGCGCAGAAGGAGAAGGCCUACGUCAAGUUUGCCAAGCAAUUCUACGAGAGCCCCCUCAUCCUGCUCCUGCUCGGCAGCGCUGUCAUCAGCGCCGUCGUCGGCAACUUCGACGACUCGGUCAGCAUCACUGUCGCCAUCAUCAUCGUCGUCACAGUCGGCUUCGUGCAAGAGCAGCGAUCAGAGAAAUCACUCGAAGCGCUCAACAAGCUGGUGCCACACUACUGUCAUCUCUUGCGUGACGGCACUCUGCACACCAAACUGGCCAAUGUGCUCGUGCCAGGUGAUAUCGUCAGCUUCUCUGUGGGGGAUCGCAUACCUGCCGAUGUUCGCCUGAUACGCGCCAACCAGCUUGAGAUUGACGAGAGCAGCUUGACAGGCGAGACCCAUCCUGCCGAGAAGCGGACAGCGUCUGCCGAUGAUACCCAACACGGCCUGCAUGAUCUGGCCAUCAGCGAGCGCUUCAACAUCGGCUUCAUGGGCACUCUAGUCCGAGGCGGCAAUGGCGUAGGCGCAGUCGUCGCAACGGGUGAUCAGAGCGAAUUCGGCGUCAUUUUCUCGAUGAUGCAAAACAUAGAAGAGAGGAAGACGCCGCUGCAGAUCUCCAUGGACGAUCUCGCGAAACGACUGUCCGCGAUCUCAUUCGGCGUCAUCGGUCUCAUCUGUCUGCUGGGCGUGUUUCAGAGCCGUUCCUGGCUAGAGAUGUUCACCAUUGGCGUUUCACUCGCCGUUGCCGCUAUACCCGAAGGCCUGCCGAUCGUCGUGACCGUCACGCUCGCGCUCGGCGUGCUGAGAAUGUCAAAGCGCAAAGCGAUUGUCAAAAAGCUGCCGUCUGUCGAGACGCUGGGAUCUGUCUCUGUCAUCUGUUCCGACAAGACGGGCACCCUCACGACGAACCAGAUGACCGUUACGCGUGCCUUCACUGUCGAUGAUGGCGUACUAGAUGUCACGCGUCCUAUAUCGCUAUCGAGUGACUCGCUCAGCAAGACUUUUCUUAUUGGCAAUCUGUGCAAUCAGUCCUUUCGCAACAGUGAGGGUAACAUUGUCGGCUCGCCGACCGAAGUCGCCCUAUACAAUGUUCUCUCGAUCAUGGGCAUCAAUGAUCAACGCGAGGGCUUCAGGCGGUCAUCGGAGGUUCCAUUCAGCUCUGAGCAAAAGUGGCAAUCUGUGACUGGCCGCUUUGCAGCUCAAUCGCCAUCGUCGGGCGACAAAGAUACGACGUAUGCGUCUGGCGCACUCGAGUUCUUACAGCCAAUGUGUCGCUUUUACCUCAAAAGCGACGGCACGACUGCAGCACUUGACGUCGUAGUCCGCGAUACCAUUGCCGAGCAGGCGAGAUCAUUGCAGAGCCUUGGAUUGCGUGUCGUCGGUAUGGCCUAUGGCGUUCACCCCGACUCGCUCGUCUUUGCCGGUUUCCAAGCGAUGAUGGACCCGCCGAGAGCAGGCGUCGAUACUGCCAUCGCAUCGCUCAUGGCAGCUGGCAUCCAGAUUGUCAUGAUCACAGGCGACGCCGAAUUGACCGCACUGUCUAUCGCGAGGCAACUCGGCUUGCGUCUCAAUCCCGGCUCAGCACAAUGCUUGACCGGUCGUGACAUCGACGCAAUGUCUCAGCGCCAAUUGACAGAUCGGAUUCAUGAAGUCUGCGUCUUUGCACGUACGACACCCAGACACAAGAUGGCCAUUAUAGAAGCUUUCCAAAGUCGCGGUUUCGUUGUUGCUAUGACCGGCGACGGCGUCAAUGACAGUCCUGCUUUGAAGAUGGCAGAUAUUGGGAUCUCGAUGGGCAAAGGAGGCACAGAUGUAGCCAAGGAAGCAGCAGACUUGAUUUUGGUCGAUGACAACUUUGCAACCAUCUUGCCUGCCGUGGAGGAAGGCAAAUGUAUCUUCUACAAUAUCCAGAACUUCCUCUGCUUCCAGCUCUCGACCGCAGUGGCCGCAUUGACGCUCAUCACGCUCAGUACUGCUUUCGGGUUGCCGAACCCGCUCAACCCGAUGCAAAUUCUCUUCAUCAAUAUCCUCAUGGACGGACCGCCAUCACAGAGCUUAGGCGUUGAUCCGGUAAAUCGCGAGGUGAUGCAGAGACCGCCCCGCAAGAAGAACGCACCCGUCUUGACGAAGCGACUGCUGAUCAGAAUACUCUUCUCAGCGUCUAUCAUCGUCCUGGGCACGUUGUUCAUCUACGUGCACGAACUGAGCGAUGGUCAGGUCGACGAUCGCGACCAGACUAUGACAUUUACGACCUUUGUGUUCCUCGAUCUCGUAUCGGCAGUGCAAAACCGAGGCUUGACCUGCGGACUGCUACAAAACCAGAUGCUCGUCCUGACAAUCUCGACGAGUUUUUUUGUUCAGAUCUUGCUGAUCUACUUUCCGCUCUUUCACUCGAUCUUUAAGACACAGGCGCUCAGUCUACGAGACCUGUCCGUCUUGCUCGGUCUUGGCGCAACAAGUGCAGUGAUUCACGAGGUCCGACGACGUUACGAGCGACAACUGAACGAAAAGGCCAGAUGGGAGACCGACUCGGCCGUGUAG